AUGCCUUGUACCGACUUUUGUAGCAAAGUGAGCAUUACCCACCUUACGACUGCCACUGCUAUUCUCAGUAUCGAUAAUGUCAACUUUAUAACUGAUCCAGUAUUUUCGUCGGCUGGAACGAAAAUGAAAUAUGAAUCAAAAGUUCUAAAGGAUGGAUCAGUUGUUUUGCAAAAUAGCUUUGGUCCUGCCUUGGGAUUGGAAAGUUUACCACCUAUUGAUGCAGUACUUUUAAGUCACGAAGAUCAUGCAGAUAAUUUGGAUGAUCUUGGACGUCGUCUUUUAGAUGGCCGUAAAGUCAUUACCACUAUGGAUGGUGCAAAGAAUCUCCAACCUCGACCAGGUGUUCGUGGCAUUCGCCCAUGGGAGACAAUUCCACUUGAGGUGGGUGGGAAAACCUUUCAAAUUACCGGGGUACCUACAAGACAUGUUCCAGGAGAAGAGUGCACCGGUUUUAUCUUGGAGUGCGACACAUUCGGUACAAAUUCUAAAGGACUUUCAAAUGUGAUUUACUUUUCUGGUGAUACGGUUUACAUUGACGAAAUGAACGAAAUUCGUAAAAAGUAUCAUGUAUGUGUUGCGAUUUUGAAUCUUGGAAAGGCCAUUAUGCCUUCUCACGAUGGACCGCUGCAGAUUACUAUGGAUGGUAAACAAGCUGGGAGACUAGUGAAAAAUCUGGAUGUUGGGCUGAUGGUACCUAUUCAUUUCGAAGGAUGGGGUCAUUUUACUCAAUGUAAAGAAGAAUUAAAUCGAAAUUUUGAGGAAGAAGGAAUCAGCAAUAGAGUCUGCUGGGUUACUCCAGGAAAGCCUACAACCUUGGUUUCUGGAAGUGAUAAUGGGCAUUUUUGA